GACUAAGCUAGGCAAAGUUUGGCUUCUUACUGUCAAAGAACAUAAUCCAGAUCUUGCAGCACACGGCAGCUGAUUUGCACCCAAAGCUGUGUUCACAUAAGAGAUCAGCAUGUGCCCUUGCGACGCAGCCCAUGCGCGGAGAGAUGGCUCGACAAUCUGGACUAUUGACUGAUGAGCUGGAGGAGGCGAUCCUCUCCUUGGUGAGCCAGCGACGAGCCCCAGCUCCUCAACAUGUGGAGGUGGUUGUGCACCCAAUCACCCAGCGUAGCCUAGGCUAUGCAUAUGUGGACUACGAAGAUGAGAGGACUGCGGACCUUUUUGCAGAUGCCAAAUGUGAUGCCAAAAAGGAUCCAUUCAGAGGGACGGUGCGCGUCUUGAAGGAGGUCGUCUCUCGCCCGGCGAAGCCGGAGGAGAACGACGAAAGCGCGGAAAGCGCAAGCCUGGAGCGAACCCGGCAGUCCUUGCGCGGCAGUGUGGUUUUCGCUGAGUGAUUCCACGGGGUCGAUAGCCCUGAAACUGCCUCAUCAGAUGGAGGGUGGGGUAUAUGGUCUAUCUCUCCAUGUGGUGGUGCC